GAGGGGAGACGGUUGUAGGGCUCGUGUUGGUGCUAGAGCUUGGGCGGCCUGAGGGGCGCGGAAGCACGGGGGGAGGAAGACGGCAGCAGCAUGGCGGCCGGAUACGAGCCGCCCAACCCUCUUCCCGGCUGUAGCCGCCGCUGUCGCCGGGACCCUAUAGUCUGCGUGUGUUAGUUGUAAGCCCGCUGCCUCCCGGUCAGUCCUCCUGUCUACCUUUCCUUUCACCGCCACUGCCUGCCCGAGGGUCGGCCGGCGGGUAACUCCCACUCCUACCCGGCCCCACCCACAAACCCGCGGGCCAGGACCAUGGAGGACGUGAAGCUGGAGUUCCCCUCGCUCCCACAGUGCAAAGAAGACGCCGAGGAGUGGACCUACCCUAUGAGACGAGAGAUGCAGGAAAUUCUGCCUGGUUUGUUUUUAGGCCCAUAUUCUUCUGCCAUGAAAAGCAAGCUACCUAUACUACAGAAACAUGGAAUAACUCAUGUAAUAUGUAUACGACAAAAUAUUGAAGCAAACUUUAUUAAACCCAACUUUCAACAAUUAUUUAGAUAUUUAGUCUUGGAUAUUGCAGAUAAUCCGGUUGAAAAUAUAAUACGUUUUUUCCCCAUGACAAAAGAAUUUAUUGAUGAGAGCUUACAAAGUGGAGGAAAAGUUCUUGUCCAUGGGAAUGCAGGGAUCUCCAGGAGUGCUGCCUUUGUUAUUGCAUACAUUAUGGAAACAUUUGGAAUGAAGUACAGAGAUGCAUUUGCUUAUGUUCAAGAAAGAAGAUUUUGUAUUAAUCCUAAUGCUGGAUUUGUCCAUCAACUUCAGGAAUAUGAAGCCAUCUACCUAGCAAAAUUAACAAUACAGAUGAUGUCACCACUUCAGAUAGAAAGGUCGUUAUCUGUUCAUUCUGACUCUACAGGCAGUUUGAAGAGAACACAUGAAGAAGAAGAUGAUUUUGGAAACAUGCAAGUGGCAGCUGCACAGAAUGGCUGAUUCAAGAGCAACAUUAUAGAGGAUGUGAAUUUCUAUUUGAGGAGAAAAAUACUACAGACAGUAAUAAUGUAAAAUGGUAAAAACACAAGUAGUUUCUUUUCAAUUAUGUUGCUUCCAGACGUGUUUCUCUGCGACUUGUUGAGCAACAUUUUAAGAUGUUGGACUUCUGUAAUAGAUGGCACUGAUGGUUUCACUCCUUUUUUUUUUUUUUAAUUCUUUACAGUUUUAUUAUAAACCAAGAAUUUUGGACUUGCAAAGAGGUAUUAUUGCAAUAAUGCACUUUUCAUACUUGAAAUUUAUUUGUAUGAUAUAAAGUUGUUACUUUAAACAAAAUGCAAGUUAGGGGGAUUUGUUUAUAAAAUCUGGGUAAUUUAUAACAAAAGAAUUUCCUAAAGUUUGCUAAAAAUUCAUUUUAUGUUCUACAUAGUACAUUUUUAAAAUAAUUUUACAGUUCAAUUUUAUGAUGGAGCCUCUUACAGAAACAUUAACAAAUGUAGGAAUCUGCCACAUUUCUUUUUCUAGUAUAACUCAAUAGUUUAUCUUUUAAUUUUUUAAACUUCUUGGUCCCUUAUUAAUAAUCUUUAAAUCAUGACAGCCAACUGUCUUUAUUUUAACAUGAUCCAAGUAUUGCUUCCUUUCCUAUUACCUUCCUAAUUUUAUUCUAUAGAAAGAAAAAGUUUAAUGAACAAAGGAAAAUGUUUGCUUUAUAAUACCAGAUGUUCACAAAUACAAGGAGAGUUUUAAACUUUCCUUUAGCAUUCUUAAAAGCCAAAUGUUCUAUUUCUUCUUUUUGGAGUCGUGUAGCCCAUUUUUUCUUUGUCCAAAAUGGUUCUAAAUAUAAUAAACCAAUGUAGCACUAUUUUUCCUAAACAAAGCCCAAAAAAGAAAAGUGCCUUGCCUCAUUAGAAAAAAUAAUAUAUCCUUAUGACCUCUAAAUUAGUAUGUAGAACAGUGAAAAGUUUUGAACAUUUUUCUAUAAUUUUUUUAAUGAUAAAUUGAUUUAAACUGAAAGUCUUAAGGCUUGAAGAAACCUGAGUAAAUUAUUUGAAAUAUGGAACAUUUACUCCUUCAUUUUAUGUUGUCUUAAUGAUUCUGUGAGAUUGUUCUGGCUCAGACAGUAACUUUUCUUUGAGGAUGCAUUUUUUGUAGAAAAGUGAUUGUGGAAGACUUCAGUGUAUACAAAUUAGUGUUGUAAUCAGUUCUUUACAUUGAGUUAAUCCAAAUUUCCCCCAUAAUUUGCAUUAGCAAAGUCACUUUAUGGAUCCUAGGUUCUCCAUGUUUUUAUUUAUACAUAUAAAAAUUGUUCUUAAAAAACAUUUUUACUAUUUUAAGUAUGAUGUUGGGGAGGAGAGGAGUGUUUUAACUUUUUAUAGUUGAUGAUUUAGGGUAGCACAAAUGAAACUCCUUUGUAUUUCAUUUUUCUCAGUCCUCUCUUGAGGUGCUUUACUGAUGAGAGUGAUUUCCAUACCUUCCUUUGGUACCAAGAGGUACCACAUAAGGUAACCUAUUAUACCAACUUAUCUACUUUGCUUUCCUCCCUGAGGUGAAAUAAUACAGGAAAAGUUUUUUUAUGCAGCAUAACAGGAGAGUGGAAGUGAAUCAAAACUGCUUUGUUAAUUAAGCGUUAAUUCUGUUGACCCAGAUGGUUUUCUUUUGAUUUCUCUUCCCUUCCCCUAUUUUACCACCCUAAAAACAGCAUAUUGUCAGUCCCUUGAGGUCUUGUAUUCUGUUGUAUGAUUGGUGUGUUGUAUCACUGGGUGUGCUGGUCUAGUAUAGUCAAGAUUUGCAUUGAGUGUUCAGAAAUUCCAGUUGGUAAAAGUGCCAGAUAACACAGCUUCCCUGUAUAUAGAUUACUAUUGGGUAGGUCAGCAAGGACUCUUUUGCAAACUAAUAAUCUAUGAUGCUCCUUCCACAAAAACUGCUUAAAAGAAUCUUCAUAAUAGUCCAUUUAGGUUUUAAAAAUGAGGCAGUUAAGAUUUUCUAAAUUGAUUUCUUAAAAUAUACAUAUCCUCUCUAGUAGUCUGGCCAAGAAUACAGGUUUGGUUAUUGAAUUAUAUUCGGUAAUUUUCCACUUUUAAUCACUGUAAUUUUUAUGUUGUCACUAAAGUGCCUGCCCAGCACUGUAAAGACUCUCACAGACACUAGAAAAAGGGACUUCAUUUUCUUGAGUACAAAUUAAUAUGGACAAAAACUUUAUUUUUUCUUUCAUAUAAGAACACUGCAAGUUUUUUUUGAGUAUAUUCUUCCAUCCAGUGUUCAACUGGUUCUUCUGGUAGCUCUUCCUAUUCUUUUUAUUUGGUUCCGUUUCUAUAAUUUCUCUAUUUCCUUUGAUAUUUUGUGAUAGCUAAUUAUAGUACAUUCAACCAAUCAUGAUUUAUUUUAUAGAAUAUUUGAAUAAUAUAUGAGUGACUCAGCACCCAAUUAUAAGCAUUAAAUAUUAAUCUGGGCACAGAAUUUAAAAUAUCACAUCAGAACAUAGGAGAACUGCUUUAUUGUCCAUUUUGAAAGUAUGAAACUUAAAUAUUGAAAAUAUUCAACUAGAAUAGCAGUAUUUUUACCUUGUAAUUUCAGUCCAUUGGUCUGUGUUAAUUUCGUAUCAGGUGUAUAAAGAGCAGUUACCUUUGUUUAUUUGUAUCUACUCUGUGGUGGAAAUGUUAAACCAUGAUAGCUUUUGCUACCAACUUUCAACCACUUAACUUUCAGAGCAGUAUAUUUGUUUUGGGAGGAUUUUGUGCUUCAUCUGAGUUUAGAAGUAAUGUCAGAAAAUGUUAAGCAUGUCCUUUUAAAGAAAAUAUAAGGUUUCUAAUUGUCUUAUUACCAUGGUAAUUUAAGUGAAUUUAGAAGUAUUUAACUGCAAUCUUGAAUUAUAAAGUUGGGAUGCAUAUAUAGAGAUAUAUAUCAAAAUCUCAACUUGAUGUAAAGUAAAUGAGCAGUUACCUGGCGGAUUUUUUUUUUUUAAUAACUGUUUAAUCCAUAAUUCCAUAGCAGACUUAGCUUCACCUCAAUAUUUUUGUCCAUUCAUCAGUGCUCCAAUAAGAAAAUGAUAGGAAAUAGCUGAAAAUUACUAAAAGAUUUUAUUUUUUUUUUUAAUUUAUUAGAAAAAUAAGUUGCUAGGGUCUUUGAAUGCUGGAUUUUUUUUGUCUUACCCAUCCAUGGCAGCUAAAAAAAAAAAAAAAUCACUCAAAAUAUUCAGGUUUACAUGUUAGCUCUCUCUCAUAGGGAGUUGCCAUACCUCACAGUUCAAAGUGUAUUCUAUAGAUCAGUAACAUUAUACUGACAUGUAAUUGCAAUUUACUAUGCAGCAAAAAUGAUUCAAGAAGAAAAAUAACCUACAGUGUCUAUUUACCUUUGUAUAGACAAUUGCUUAAGUUACUCUGCUUUUAACAUUUGUACUUGGAUAAAAUGCUUAUUAUGUAUGUAUAGGAAUGUCACAGUGCAAGAUGCUGCUAGCUCAGGCACAAAGUAUUAAAAUUAUUUUGUGAAGAUUGGUGGUUGUAUUAAAACUGUUGUGCCAUUAUACCUCAAAAAAGAUUGAAAAGUUCAUUUGUACUGCUUAUGCCAUAACCGCUUGACUUAGAUUGUUGUCUUCUAGGUAAAAGUAACCCAGUUUUAAUCCUGCACACGGAUUAAAUAUGAAGGACAAAUGAACAUUGGAUAAUGAGAAGCACUUAAGGGUAUUUUCUAAAACAUUGUGAUUACACACAUAAAAAUUAUAGUCAGUACAGGGAAGUCCCAAGUUUAGGCUCAAGGUAUUUUUUAAUGAUUAUUUGAACAAGUUUGGAGUUGAAAGUGAGGGAAUUUGUGUCUGAAGGAAGAGGUAAGGCCAUUCAUAGAACAGCUUCCAGCUCAUUUAAAAAAAUACUUCUUGCUUUUAGUUUUCCCCUUGUUAGCCUACCUACAUAAUAUCCUUCAUCAAAUCUGAGAUGUCAUCAUCAGCAUCACUACACCAUCUUUUUGAUCCCACUAAAAGGCAAAAAUAUUGCUGAAUAAAUCAUGACAAACCAUUGAUCAUAAAAUGCAUCCAGAUUUCCAAAUGUUACAUGUAAAAAAAGAUGUUUUAGUCAGUAAAAUACAAAUAUAUAAAACACAUGGAGCAAAAUAAAAAUCACAACUGCCACUUGAUUAUACCUUUUCAAAAGUGAAGAGUACUCAAAAAUGUAUUACUGAAAUGUAUCUAUGCAGUUUUUUUCAUACUCAAGUUUACCCACAGGAUGCCUUAGUGAAAUCAAGCUUCUCUGGUUAACUAAAA